GUUUCCUUCCCUUUCGCCGCCCUCGAGCUUUGAGCUGAGCUGAGGGGCCCUUUUCUUCACAGCCAUUCAUUCUCCCAACACCUCUGCAGAGGUCGGUGGGCUUCCUUCAAUCUCCGGAUUUCCUGCAAUUUCUGCUUCAAUGGCUUGCAGAACGGCUGAUUCUCUCUUCGUCUACUCGGGUCCGCAGCAAUGGGUUCCUAGGGUUCGUAAGCUCCCUACCCGUGUUUCUCCAGGUAUGUAUGCUUUGAGGUCCACCGAUCUUCUGUUAAAGGGAAGUAAUCAUCGAAGAUGCGUGGCUCCUGUGAAAAGAACUACACGUAUAAAAUCUGUGGCGAUUCCAGUUUCGCCUCCUUCAGCUGGCAGUGCUGAACACCGGAAACAAUUAGCAGAAACCUAUGGGUUCAAGCAGAUUGGAGAAGAUCUUCCUGAUAAUGUCACCUUAAGGGAUAUCAUUGGUACACUUCCCAAGCAGGUGUUUGAGAUUGAUGAAGCGAAAGCAUUGAAGUCGGUUUUGGUAUCUGUGACUUCAUAUGCUUUAGGACUCUUCAUGAUUGCAAAGGCACCGUGGUAUCUGCUUCCACUGGCUUGGGCAUGGACAGGAACUGCAGUUACCGGGUUCUUUGUGAUAGGCCAUGAUUGUGCACACAAAUCGUUUUCAAAGAACAAAUUGGUGGAAGACAUUGUGGGGACUCUGGCCUUCCUACCGCUUAUCUACCCGUAUGAGCCAUGGCGUUUCAAGCAUGAUCAGCAUCACGCCAAAACCAACAUGUUGACCGAAGAUACAGCUUGGCACCCUGUAAGGCAAGAGGAGUUCGACUCAAACCCACUUCUGCGAAAGGCUAUCAUAUACGGAUAUGGCCCAUUUCGUCCUUGGAUGUCCAUAGCUCAUUGGUUGAUGUGGCACUUCGAUUUGAACAAGUUCAGACCGAGCGAGAAGAAAAGAGUGCAGAUUAGUUUGGCUUGUGUUUUUGCAUUCAUGGCAAUCGGAUGGCCACUGAUCGUCUACAAGGCUGGUGUAUGGGGAUGGAUAAAGUUCUGGUUGAUGCCAUGGCUUGGUUAUCACUUCUGGAUGAGCACAUUCACAAUGGUUCAUCAUACUGCUCCUCACAUCCCUUUCAAGCCAUCGGAGGAGUGGAGUGCAGCUCAGGCCCAGCUUAGUGGGACCGUUCACUGUGACUAUCCUAGUUGGAUCGAAAUUCUCUGCCAUGAUAUAAACGUGCACAUCCCGCAUCAUGUUAGUCCAAGAAUACCAAGCUACAAUCUCCGUGCAGCCCAUGAAUCUAUUCAAGAGAACUGGGGAAAGUAUACAAGCUUGGCUACAUGGAACUGGCGCUUGAUGAAGACGAUAAUGACGGUGUGCCAUGUCUACAACAAAGAAGAAAACUACAUCGCCUUUGAUCGGUUAGCCCCUGAAGAGUCUCAGCCGAUAAACUUCCUAAAGAGAGCGAUGCCCGAUCGAGCUGUCUGAUCAGUGUUGAUCUCAAUGGCCUUCCCUUUUUUGCAGUCAGCCCUUAGGGGAAGUGUUGGAAAAUAUGCCACAGUGGAGUGAUGAAAAAGUGGAAGAAAGCCAAAAAAAUUCCCUCCAAAACUAAAGCAAAGUUAUUCUCAGACAUCUUUAUGGAAAGUGAAAUAAGAGUUUAAAAAAAAACAUGAUCUGCCCAAAAGACACAGUAGUUGCAACCACUCACAUGUCUAAAGCCCAAGUGAGAGAGAAUCUUGAAACCUUAAAAAAAGCCAGACUGAGAUUUCACACCACCAUGGAAGCAGCUAAGCUAAGCUUUAACAAAAGCAAAGGUCAAAGAGGAUAUAAAGCAACAAAAAAAAACAGUUCUUACGCUGAGAAGUGUGAGAACAUAUUCCUGUAAGAAGAAUUGGGGCAGCAAACCAGAAUUCUGGUAAUGAACACAACAGAUUUCUGUAUUGAUCAGUGUAAGAUGUUCCAUUUAUCCAUUGUGAAUGAAUCAUUUCUUAGUCACAUAA